CUUUCAUUUCAGCUGCUUUAGUUUCUUCUGCUUUCAUCCUCCCAUCUCAAAACUUCACUUCUCUUUCACUUUUUUGUUUCUCGAAGGAAGAUAGAAGCAACAGCGUAGCCGGAGAUAGAAGACAUACAUCUACUAAGCAUAGCUCCUCAUAAAUUUUAAAAGUACGGCAGGCCAGAUGAGCAACCCUCAAGGCAGCGUAACAACAUCAACUGCUUCUGACUCCUGCAUUAGCAGCUUGGCCAGCUCUGUUCACAGCGGUCGCAUCGUGGUAGGUACUAGUACUGGUAGGGACACUGGCAGUCCUUCGAGCUCCAAUCGGUCAGGAUCGUUCGGGAUUCCCAUGACCAAGAUCAAGCGAGACUCGUACUCGACCGAGUUUCGAGAAUGUCUCGUGGAAACAGAUUCGCAGAAUAAGGCGCGUUUAUCCAGAGGACGAUCCACCCUUAGGCUCACUUCCUUACGCCACGAUAAGGUCGGGUACUAUGGACGCCAAAAACAAGAGCAACUCCUCCAAGAAUCCGUGGAGCGACUUUGUUUUAACCUUAACCCUAAAGAUCCUUGCGGGACCACUAGCGCUGGCACUCCAGGCCCCACCCCCAAAUGCGAGUUGGUGUUGGUGGGAGGCACGUCAGGCACGGGCAAGACAGCUUUGGCUAAGCAAGUCGAAACCAAGCUACCCAAAGGGGCAUGCUUUAUCAUGGGAAAGUGCGACCUGAAUGCUAGCGACGAACCUUACUCGGCCAUUUCGGACGCUUGCGAAACACUCUGCGAACACUUGCUGAACAAAAGCGCGCCGGAUCAGGGACAAUUGGCAAGCAAAGCUAGAGAAAUGUUGCUCGAUCAGCUCGGACUUCAAGUCAUGGGACAUCUAUGGGGACUCAUACCCUCGCUCUACAAGCUCGUCGCGGAAACGCACACGCAGGCCAACCCAAACGACAGCGAUUACGACGACAAGGACAAGGAAAUGCCGCACAGCGUCAUUCAAGAAGUCAAGUUCGAAAACGAGACACUAUCGUCCGGCGAAUCGUCCAUGGGUGCAACCGCCAAGCGCCAGCAAAUGAACUACGCCUUUCGAGUCCUCAUCAGGGUAUUUUCAUCCUGCUACAGGCCACUCGUCAUUUGCAUCGAUGAUUUGCAAUGGAGCGAUUCUGCUACCUUGGAGCUAAUUGAAUUGCUAUUGACUGAUGUCGAACACAACCGAUUGCUUAUCAUUGGAUGCUACCGCUCCGAGCACGUGCAAGACGACGACCAACUAUCACAAGCCAUUCAAAAGUUUCAAGGUCUCAAACCAACUGUGCAAGUCUCAGAAAUCGAACUGCAAAACUUAUCCGUGCAAGACUGCGCAAGCAUUCUCGUGGACUUGCUUUCCAUGCAAGGCGACGAGGACAAAAUCGAAGAGCUAGCCGCUGUUUGUCACAAGAGGACAAUGGGAAAUGUCAAUUUCCUACUACAGUUCACUACCAUGUUGCAUGAAACGCGAUUGAUUGAUUAUCAUUUGGGCUUGAUGCGAUGGGUAUGGGAUUCGCAGCAUAUUGAAACAGAAACAGACGCCGCAGACAAUGUUAUUGUCGUUUUGGAAAAACGUAUGGAUCAACUCGACCAGGAAUUGAGGCAUUUCCUAUCCGUCGCAUCCAGCAUUGGAGCCACUUCCAGUCUACGCAUUCUAGAAUUGGCAUGGGACACUGCCAAGAAGCUGAACCCUGCCAAAGACGAAACCAGCGAUUUUUCGGCGUGCAUCGAUUCAUCCGUAUUCGGGAACUUCAUUGAAUUGUGCGGCGAUGACAAGUACAAGUUUGUGCACGACAAAAUUCAAGAGGCCGCAGCCGGACUGUGGUCACAAGAGGAGAGGCAAAAGGAGCAAGUUGCCAUUGGCAUGCGACUCCUCAGCGAGCUGACCGUUGACGAACAGCAUGCCCAUGUCUUUUUGAUUCGAGAUUUGUUAGACAAGAACCAGCACCCAAACGCGGUCGAAGCGGAGACUAUUGUACGCAUCAAUUGGAUGGCGUCGGAACGAGCCCGGUCGUUGUCGGCAUUCAAAAGCUCGUUGGUGUAUGCCAAAAAAGGAAUUUCUCUGCUCACACCCAACGCGUGGGAGACAAACUACGCCACUGCGCUUGCGCUCUAUACUCUGGCAAGCGAGGCUGCUGGUUUUUUGGGACAUAAAGUACUCAUGGAGGAACUCAGCGAAACUGUCCUGAACAGACCGGAAUGUCCUCUGUUGGACAAGGUCCGCAUCUACACGGCAAAGAUUGACACAAUGGCCAACGAGGGUAGUCCCGAGAGCGUACAGAAUGCCAUUGAUCUGAUUGUCGACCUACUCAACCAGCUGGGCUGCAAAGUACCAAAGAUGCUGACAUUAUCUGUCAUUUCGACCAUGUUUCACUUCAAGAAGAACGUGCCAACUGAAGGAGAACUCCGUGCUUUACCCAGGCUCUCCGACAGGGAAAAAAUGGAAGCCAUGCAUCUUCUUUAUCGUUUGCAAGGGUAUGGCUACAUCACGCGACAAAUCAUGUUGUCCCUCUGGGCAGCUUUCAAGGUUGGCAAGAUCACGUUGAAGGACGGGAGGCAUCCCGUGUCCUCGCUUAGCUUUCCUUGUGUAGGUUUUGCAAUGACAAGUCUGUUCAGCGAUUUCCAGAAGGGAGAGCUCUACGCGAAACAUGCCGAAGCCCUCAUUGAUAUGGAAGAAGACAAAUCAAAAGAAGGACGAAUGACUGUGUCUUGUUUGCCAUCGUUCGUAUAUACGAGACCUGUGCAAUCUGUUGGGAAGAAAUUGAUACAAGGGUACAAGACUGACAUGCAGGCAGGGGAUUCAGAAAGCGCCAUGUACUGUCUCUCUCACCACUGCUACAUGGGCUUUCUGACGUCUCGGUCGCUGGACUACCUUGAGGCUGACUGCCACAAAUUCUUGGCGCAGGCAUCGCAGCUGCAAAUUUUCAAUGCAAUUUUCUUCCUCGCUCCCUUGGCGGAGCUCGUGUCUGCGUUGACCGGUUCUAGACUUGGAAUCGAGACCUACCUUGAUGGCAAAAGCUCCCCCAUGUUCACCGAUCAUUUGGAUCUGUUUCACACCGUUUCGCACGCGUACCUUGGUCGAUAUCAAGAAGCGGCCGACCUCUUCAUUCGGCGAGGAAAUGCGUAUGACGGAGUGUAUCCUGCCAUGCCAAUAAGGACGUGGGACAAAUUUUUGGCGGGUGUGUGCUUGUACGACGCUGCCCGGUCUACGGGUCGAAGGAAGUACCUGAAGCAGGCCAACAUUGUUCGUAAAACGAUUCAUUCCUGGCUGAAGAAGGGGAACCCCAACGCGAAUCAUCAUGCGUGUCUUCUGGAUGCUGAAUACUACCGGUUGAGAAAGAAGACUGCCAAGGCUUCCAAAUUCUACGAGAAUGCUGCAAUUAUGGCCGGCCGCGCUGGGUUGCUUCAUGACGCUGCGUUCACGGAGGAGCGGUAUGCGUACCAUCUGAUGGAGAGCAGUGCUCUUUCCAAAGAAGAGGCCGGGUAUCGUUUGAAGAAAGCGGUGAUGCUGUACACUGAAUGGGGAGCGUCUGAGAAGGUCCGGCUGCUCGAGGAUAGAUUCCCGGAGUUUCUUCGCAGAGAUGGUGUAUCCGCGCCAUUUCGCACGAUGGAAUGAAUUACGUGAUCAAGUAAGUCUGUAGAAUGUAUGCAUAGCCGUAGACGUACAUGUAGUCGCUCAACUGUUUUAGAAUAAUCCAGCUCCGUGUUCAAAGAAGUCUCCUUCCUCCGUUCCACCUCAUGAGUGGUCUCCACAACGACCGUACAUCGCCUUCGGAGCUUGCCCUUGUUGCCACCUCGGUAAGCCAUACCGGUAGUGAUAUAGACGAAUUGUUUGAGCCUUUUCCUUUUUAAAAUUUUGGUGCGUCGUUUCGGUGAGUUGAAGUCUCAAUCCUCGUGGUGGAGCCCGGCAAACAUCCAUGGGAAUUCUGUGCGCGCUGUGCUCAGGCAACUUGGCGCCAAAGAACAAGACGCGAGCAUGAGCUAAAACGCGCGACGGCCUCUACUUCUUCGGACAGGCUGCUUACUAAGUCUUUCAAUCCAGCUCUGCUCUGUAAAUGAACCCUUGCAGCUUGCAGUACAUGUACGCAUACCGGUACGAUACUCUAGCUAGCUAGCUAGUAUGCACACACGCGGUGAUACCAAAGCGGCCCAACCGCUACCAGGUACCACCAUCGAAUGGCUACCGGUCCAUUCGCAUUCACAACAAGUGAUGCAAGCCAUACACUGCAGUGCGACCUGCAAAGGUGGAAACCAAGUAGCCAGCGACGGUAGCUCGUAGAGAAAUGGAAGCUGGAGGGUGUUUUUCGUACGAUUGAUUUGGAUCCGUCGAACACCCCAAAGAUCGUGCUGCCACAUACAAAAAAAACGUAGAAAGCGGCUCUGUGCAGCCAACUUAUUCAUUCAAAGCUAAUUUGGUCCGAGAUUGUAUAGAACAGUCCUACAGGUCGGUAUGAGGCAUCAACCCGAACAGAUCAGGCAGAUCGGGGGAUUCUUUCGUAGGAAGACCUCGGGAGAGGUGAUGUGCUACACUGCAUGUAUCCAGCGAUUCUUGCUAACAUGACCAGAUAUCACUUGGCAUGCUUAACGCUAUAGAUACCUACCGAAACCGUACUUGCCAGGGCAUCACCUUAGGCAGUAUAUCAAACACGGUAGAUUGCAGAGCGUGGAAUUGAAGGAAGCAACCGGAAUUUUUUAGGUCAAGGCAGAAGUAGUGAAGUUUCGAUCCUAGUCCUAGUGUUUUGUGUUUGUAUAUACCGUGUAGCUAAUAGUAAUUCCUAACCUGCUAUGCAAAGCCAAGCCAUAGUCGUCUAGACACUGAUGCCCCCUUGCUCUGCAAAGUUUGUGUCGGCUAUUGGCUCGAGCAUGAGAAAGGCCAACGAAUCCUCGCCUCCUGGGAGAACGGAGCCCGUCAGAGUUCUUGGUGGAGUGGGAGGAGUGACGAUCUGCAUUUGACCAUCUGCGGAGGUACUUCGGCCUGUUUCGGUGGAGGCAUCUCCGCGUGCAUCGUCGAAUGCUUGAACCACCCUCUUUUCAUGGCGGUAGUCUGUUGCUUUCUCUCGACUUCCUUGCGGCGCUGCUUCUUGGCUUUGGUGCUGGACUUGUACUUGGAAAACAACUAGGUCAGGGGAGAGAAGAAAGACACAAACGGGCAUCUCCGACAUCGUACCAUUCGCCAUUGCUGUCCUGUUUGACGAAGCCUCCGUCGGGUGAGUAGUCUCUGACGGAGUCCACAAUAGAGGUAACGAUCAAACUCUUUUCGAGCUUCGUCUUGGCAGCAUUGUACUGAGGCAAGCUCUGACGGAUGAUCUCUCUGAACCUCAGAUUUCCCACGUGGUUGGCAGCGGUGCUCCCGCGAGCACAAAUGACAUCGUACUUUCCAGGUGCCACAAAGAAGGGCAACGGCCGGGGCUCUCCGUUGUGCUGAGGUGCUGGUGCUGGUGCAGGUGCAGGAAUGGGAGAGUGAGGAGGAGAAGGCCUGAGAGAUGACAUUGCUGGAGUUUCGUCCAAUAGUGGAGAGGGCUGAUU